UCGGUGUUUGUGGUUCAUGUCUCUGAAUGACCAAAGUCUAGAAGAUGGAUGAUUGUGUGGAGAAAGAGGAGGAGAGACCAGAGUCUCCAGGAUCCAGCUGUCCGUCUAUGAAGAGUGACCGGUCCAAAGAUCAUCCUCCAUACUUAAGUAAAGAACCUGGACCCUCAGACACAGAAGGUCGGUACCGCAGUCGGAGACCAGAGUCUCCAGGAUCCAGCUGUCCGUCUAUGAAGAGUGACCGGUCCAAAGAUCAUCCUCCAUACUUAAGUAAAGAACCUGGACCCUCAGACACAGAAGGUCGGUACCGCAGUCGGAGACCAGAGUCUCCAGGAUCCAGCUGUCCGUCUAUGAAGAGUGACCGGUCCAAAGAUCAUCCUCCAUACUUAAGUAAAGAACCUGGACCCUCAGACACAGAAGGGAAGAAGCCGUCCUGCUGUCCUUUGUGUCAGGACGUCCUGAAGGAUCCAGUCUCUACCAGCUGUGGACACUGGUUCUGCAGACGCUGCAUGAGCUCAUACUGGGACCAGUCUGCUCCACCAGGACCAUCCUCCUGUCCCCAGUGUGGAGAAAGAUCCAGAACCAGAGCUGGACUGCAGACAGCCAGUAAGAGCAGAACUGUACCAGCAGAUGCUGGUCUGCAGGAGGUCCUAGAUGAACACAAGACCAUUCUGAGGACGAGAUGUGAACAUGUGACUGAAGGAAUUGAUGAAACAGGAAGUAGAACACUCCUCAACAGGAUCUACACGGAGCUCUUCAUCACAGAGGGACUGAGUGAAGAGGUUGAUACCCAACAUGAGGUGUGGCAGCUGGAGACAGCUUCCAGGAUGAAGAGCCUCCAUGACACUCCAAUCAGGUGCCAGGACAUCUUUAAAGCCUUACCUGGCCAACGUGGAGCCAUCAGAGUGGUUCUGACCAACGGCGUCGCUGGCGCUGGGAAAACCUUCUCGGUUCAGAAGUUCUCUCUGGACUGGGCCGAGGGCUCGGAGAACCAAGACGUCACUGUGGUGAUUCUGCUCUCGUUCAGGGAGCUGCACCUGAUCAGCGAUGAGCAGCUCAGUCUUCUCAGGCUGAUCCAGGUUUUCCAUCCAUCAUUACAGAAGCUCACAGCAGAGCAGCUGGCUGCCGGGAAACCGUUGUUCAUCUUUGACGGCCUGGAUGAAAGCAAACGUUCACUGGACUUCAACCACGGUCAGGUCGUGUCUGAUGUCACUCAGAGCUCAUCGGUCAACGUGCUGCUGACUAACCUCAUCCAGGGGAACCUGCUUCCCUCAGCUCUCAUCUGGAUCAGUUCCAGACCUGCAGCAGCCAAUCAGAUCCCUCACAAACACGUUGACAGGGUGACAGAAGUACGAGGCUUCACCGACGGCCAGAAGGAGGAAUACUUCAGGAGGAGGUUCAGGGAUGAAGAGCGGUCCAGCAGCAUCGUCUCCCACAUGAAGACAUCCAGAACCCUCCACAUCAUGUGUAAACUCCCGGUCUUCUGCUGGAUCACUGCUUCAGUUCUGGACCACAUGUUGACCACAGAGCAGAGAGGAGAGCUGCCCAAGACCCUGACUGACAUGUUCUCACACUUCCUGGUGGUCCAGACGAAGAGGAAGAAGAACAAGUACCAGGAGGGACAUGAGACGAGUCCACAGGAGCUGGCGGAGGCUGACAGGGACCUUCUUCUGAAGCUGGGGAGGCUGGCGUUUGAACAUCUGGAGAAAGGAAACAUCAUGUUCUACCAAGAAGACCUGGAGCAGUGUGGUCUUGAUGUCCCAGAGGCCUCUGUGUACUCAGGAGUUUGUACCCAGAUCUUCAGGAGAGAGUGUGAGGUCUUCCAGAAACCCGUCUACUGCUUUGUUCAUCUGAGCAUCCAGGAGUUCCUGGCUGCAGUCUACGUGUUCCACUGUUACUCCACCAGAAACUUAGAUAUGCUGGAGAACUUCCUGGGAGAAGACUACAAAUACUUAUCUCUGGAUGAAUUCCUGAAGAGAGUCAUGCUGAAAUCCCUGAAGAGUAAAAAUGGCCACCUGGACCUUUUUGUCCGCUUCCUUCAUGGUCUUUCUGUGGAGUCCAACCAGAGACUGUUAGGAGGUCUGCUGAACCUGAGGAAGAACCGUCCAGAAACCAUCCAGACAGUCAUCAACAACCUGAAGGAGAUGAACACUGGCAGCAUCUCUCCUGACAGAAGCAUCAACAUCUUCCAGUGUCUGAUGGAGAUGAACGACCUCUCAGUUCAUCAGCAGAUCCUAGAGUUCCUGAAGUCAGAAAACAGAUCAGAGGAGAAGCUCUCUGAGAUCCAGUGUUCAGCUCUGGCCUACAUGCUGCAGAUGUCGGAGGAGGUUCUGGAUGAGUUGGACCUGAAAAAGUACAAGACAACAUGGAGGGGUCGACUGAGACUGAUAUCAGCUGUGAGGAACUGCAGAAAGGCUCGAUUUGUUGGUUGUCAACUCUCAGAGACUCACUGUGAAGUUGUUGCGUCCGCUCUGAAGUCCAACCCCUCCCAUCUGACAGAACUGGACCUGAGUCAGAACCGUGAACUGGUUUCAGGAGUGAAGCUUCUGUCUGGUGGGCUGGAGAGUCCAAACUGUAGACUGGAGACUCUGAGAUUGCAGGACCGCGGUCUCUCAGAGACCAGCUGUUCUUCUCUGGGCUCAGCUCUGAAGUCCAACCCCUCCCAUCUGGAACAUCUGGACCUGAGUCUGAACGACCUGCAGGAUUCAGGAGUGAAACAUCUGUGUGGUUUUCUGGAGAGUCCAGACUGCAGACUGGAGACUCUGAGGUUGGAGCGCUGCUGGUUGUCAGAGAUCAGCUGUUCUUCUCUGGUCUCAGCUCUGAAGUCCAACCCCUAUCAUCUGAAACAUCUGGACCUGAGCUGGAACCAGCUGCAGGAUUCAGGAGUCAAACAUCUGUGUGGUUUCCUGGAGAGUCCAGACUGCAGACUGGAGACUCUGAGCUUGCAGUGCUGCGGUCUGUCAGAGAUCAGCUGUUCUUCUCUGGUCUCAGCUCUGAAGUCCAACCCCUCCCAUCUGAAACAUCUGGACCUGAGAUUCAACUACAAGCUGCAGGCUGCAGAUGUAGAGCAGCUGUCUGAUCUGGUGGAGAGUCCAGACUACCAGCUGCAGACUCUCAGAUCGGAGCGCUGCAGUUUGUCAGAGAUCAGAUGUCGUCCUCUGGUCUCAGUUCUGGAGUCAAACCCGUCUGAUCUGAAAUAUCUGGACCUGAGUGGGAACCAUAUGCAGGAUUCAGAUGUGAAGCAGCUGUGUGGUCUUCUGGAGAGUCCAGACUGCAGACUGGAGACUCUGAGGUUGGAGAGAUGCAGGAUGUCAGAGAUCAGCUGUUCUUCUCUGGUCUCAGCUCUGAAGUCCAACCCCUCCCAUCUGAAACAUCUGAAACAUCUGGACAUGAGUUACAACAACCUGCAGGAUUCAGGAGUGAAACAUCUGUGUGGUUUCCUGGAGAGUCCAGACUGCAGACUGGAGACUCUGAGCUUGCAGUGCUGCGGCCUAUCAGAGAUCAGCUGUUCUUCUCUGGUCUCAGCUCUGAAGUCCAACCCCUCCCAUCUGAAACAUCUGAAACAUCUGGACCUUAGUUACAACAACCUGCAGGAUUCAGGAGUGAAACAUCUGUGUGGUUUCCUGGAGAGUCCAGACUGCAGACUGGAGACUCUGAGGUUGGAGACCUGCAGGUUGUCAGAGAUCAGCUGUUCUUCUCUGGUCUCAGCUCUGAAGUCUAACCCGUCCCAUCUGAAACAUCUGGACCUGAGUGGGAACUACAGGCUGGAGGAUUCAGGAGUGGAAAAUCUGUGUGGUUUCCUGGAGAGUCCAGGCUGCAGACUGGAGACUCUGAGGUUGGAGGAAUGCAGUUUGUCAAAGGUCAGCUGUUCUUCUCUGGUCUCAGCUCUGAAGUCCAACCCCUCCUAUCUGAAACAUCUGAACCUGAGCAGGAACCAGCUGAAGGAUUCAGGAGUGAAAGAUCUGUGUGGUUUCCUGGAGAGUCCAGACUGCAGACUGGAAAUUCUGAGGUUGAAGAACUGCAGGAUAUCAGAGAUCAGUUGUUCUUCUCUGGUCUCAGCUCUUAAGUCCAAGCCCUCCCAUCUGAAACAUCUGAAACAUCUGGACCUUAGUUACAACAACCUGCAUGAUUCAGGAGUGAAACAUAUGUGUGGUUUCCUGGAGAGUCCAGACUGGAGACAGGAGAAUCUGAGGUUGGAGACCUGCAAGUUGUCAGAGAUCAGCUGUUCUUCUCUGGUCUCAGCUCUGAAGUCCAACCCCUCUGAAACAUCUGGACCUGAGCAGGAACCACAACCUGCAGGAUUCAGCAGUGAAACAUCUGUGUGGUUUCCUGGAGAGUCCAGCCUGCAGACUGGAGACUCUGGGUUGGAGUUGUGCAGUUUGUCAGAGAUCAGCUGUUCUUCUCUGGUCUCAGCUCUGAAGUCCAACCCCUCCCAUCUGAAACAUCUGGACCUGAGAUCCAACAACCUGCAGGCUACAGAUGUGGAGCAGCAGUCUGAUCUGGUGCAGAGUCCAGACUACCAGCUGCAGACUCUCAGCAAAUGAACCAAACAGUUGACGGUGGACCAGGUGGACUCUUCUCAGAGGAGACGUCCUCCUAUAAUCUCUCAACACCAGCAAAGGCUGGUGAAGCAUGUGUCUCCACCAACCUCCACCUCUCCCUCAUCAAACACCCUGGUCUGCUCCCACUGCACCUUCCUGCUCUCAGACUAACCUUCAUUCUGUCCCUGGUCCUAAAUCUGCUGAAAGCAGCUGUGAAGAGACACAACAGCAUGAAGAAGAAGACUCCAACCUGGGAGAAGGAUGUGACCCUUUUAUCAGAAUGAAGCCGAUCACAGCGAGCAACGCUCCGCCUUCCUCUGGUCCUCUAAAACUCUCACCACAGGUUCCUGUGAGAAGAAGGAAAAGUCCUGCAGCAGGUCCCGUUCAAGCAGCUUUCCCUCGCUGACUCAGGAACCUUCUGCAGAAAGCAGAAACCUAAAAACAUCUGGAAGUUUCCCUGCCGGGAACCUAAGCAGCAGUUUUGAGGAGUUCAAAGAUCGCUGUUGUACUGCAACUCUGUGAUCAAUGGAAACAAUAUUUCAAUAAAACUUCAGAAAGAAAUUUCCUCUAAAUAAAUUCAGACUCAGAGUCCCUAACUGAUUAAUCACUUAUUUCUUUUUCAUUAAAGGAUUUAAACAUGGUGUAAGGCUUCUGGUUUACAUGCUGGUGGAGAUAAUUGUACAACGGUGAGAAACCAGUGAAUAUAUGACAUAGUAUGCACCAGGAAACUGCAGCACAGAGACUAUCUCUACUGGAGUCCGGCUUAAAGACCUCUGCUCUCUCUGGAAAGCACGGGUGGUGCAGAAAGCAGACAGGAUACUAUCCCACCCUGAUCCUGCUCUGGCCAGUCUCUUUGUAAUUAUGCCCUCAGGUCGGCGGUAUUAUGUGCCGGUGCGGAAAACAAACAGCUAUGCAAAUUAUUUUAUUCCAUCUGCCACAAGGCUGCUAAAUGCACAAUGAAUCUUGGAAUUAUCUUGCCAUGAACUACUGUAGACUAGAGGUGGUCAAAAAUAUCGAUAUGGCAGUAUAUUGCGAUACUUUGACAGCCAAUUCAAUAUCAAUAUUCCAAAUUUGAAUAUCAAUUUUAUUUUUCUCCAAAUAAAUCAUGUGUCAGAUGGGUUGUGAAUCCAGUCCGACUUUAUUGUAUACAUGGGUUUAAAUAAUAUUCCCAAUGUUAAUUUCAUAUUAUGUAAAUACUAUGAAAAACAUGCAAAUAUGUUGCAACUUCAGCUUGUAUAGUUCUAAUAAAACAGCAUGGAUCAUUUGAA